AUGGCAGCUAUUCUACGUACAAAAGCUGUUGAACGUUCAAUAAAAAAUAAUUCAGCAGCUUAUUAUUCCUAUGUUGACGAUAGUAAAAAUCCUGUUUUACAAAGUUUUGAAGCUCAAAUAACUGACUUUAAGAAUUAUGUUGCAAAACAACAAAAAUCAAAUCAAUCUAUUGAUGGUCGAUUAUCAGAAACAUUAUUUCAAUUGUGGAGUAAUUAUCAAUCAAGAGUAUCGGUACGAAUGUAUUGUGAAAAAUUAAUGCAUCUUGGUGAAUAUCUUGUUGCAUAUGAGAAAUAUAAUAUUGCUUUGUUUCAAUGUUAUCAAAGAUAUUUGAAUGCAUUCGGUUCAUUUCAAAUGCAAGAUUUUCAAACUAUUGAUGAAAUAGAAGAAAGAUUUUUUCCUAUUGGUUUAAUGGAUGCUACUGCCGAUAUAUCUUUUCGAGCUUUAAUGGGUUGUGCUCUUUGUUUAUUCUAUUUGGCUGUUGAACAAGAUCCAAAAGUACAAUUGGACGAUACACUUGAUCGAUGUUUAAUAACGCUUUCGUUCAUUCGAUUAUUAAUGAAUUUAGCAUUGAAAGAUGAUCGAUGGUCAUGGCUUGUUUACAAUGGCACAAUCUAUUUAUAUAAAAUGAGUCGCUAUUUGAUGACAUUCGGUUAUUCUCUAAAGGUUGUAGAAUAUCUUGUGUGGGCUGCUGUUAGUACAGAAAUGUGUUUACCAUUAUUAUCAAUUUCAUAUUUACCAUGGCGAUCAACACUUUAUUGUGCAGCAUGUGAAGCAUUCUAUGACAGUCGAGUGUCAGCUGAUGGCGAAAAAGCAAUUGCUGGAGAAAAUUUCGCUCGACGUGGAUUAGAACAAUUUAAAAAUUUACAUGAAUUACAAUCUCUCAGUAUUGAAGGUGAUAAAUGUCAACAGGAAAAUUCUUUUCGUCAUGCAACAAUAAAAAUAGCUACAAUGAUAUUUAAACGAAUGGUCUUUGAAAAUCGUCGAAAAGCUAAAGGUGUACUUCGACCAAAAGUUCGUCAAAAUUAUAAAGACCUUAGUGGCCCAUGGCCACGAACAUUAACAGAAAAAUUACUUGGCGAUAUGUUUGAUUGUCGUUGUUCACAAUUUCUAGCCAUUCUACAAGCACUAUCGGAUAGUAAUCGACGACUAUUAUUAACGAGUCCAGCAGCAAGUGAUCAAGAAAUUGAAAUACUUGAUGUUACAACUGAAUUAUUUUAUGCUGCUCAAUAUAUUUUGCAAGUUAAACAUGCAAAUGUUGAUCAAAUAGCUGGAGCAAAUCAUAAUAGUACAUACCCAAAUAUAACACUACAACAAGAUGCUAGUUUACUUGACAUGGCUGUCAAUAGUCAAUAUGUUAUACCUUUAUCUUAUGUUAUUCAAUUACUUAAAUUUGCGUUUAAUUAUCAAGUUUACGAAAUAUUUGAAUCAUUAAUUGAACCUAUUAGUGAACUUGUAGAACGAACUGAUGGUAAUCAAAUUUCACUACUUGCUCUAUUACAAAUUAUUUAUGAAAUUGAUCAAUGCGAAAGAGAACGUAAAACAGCACAAAAUUCUAAAAAUGCAGGAUCUAAUAAAGGUGGAAAAGACGGUGAUAAGAAAAAAUUAAAACAACGUAGUAGAAGUCCACCAAAAGGAAAAGAUGGUGGAGUACUAAAGAAAACUGUGGAAAUUGGAAAAAUUAAAUUAAAACAAACAAAAGCUGUCAGAGAUUUAAUUGAUGCUGCAAAAGCAACACGUAAUGUAACUAUGAAAGAAGUGAAAAUUCAGAUUGAUGCACCGAAUGAUGCAGAGGACGAAGAACGAUCUGUUGAAGAAUUACUUGAAGAUUUAUGUUUCUUGUUGCUAACAGAUCCUCGUAUUGAAGAAAAAAUUGAGCCCGAUAUUUUGAUUGACGUUAGUUUAUUACUAUGGAAUAAAUGCCGACCUAUUCUACGAAAAUUUUAUAAUGAACCAAAUGAUAAUCUUCGGUGGUUAACACGACUCGAUCAUGAUCAUGUUAAAUGGAUCCAUUUAUUUUUUCAAACACACGAAAUCAUGUCUCGCUUCAAUUUUGCAAUUGUUGAUUCAAGUGCUUAUGCUGAAUGUUCACUUCGUCUAGGACAAAUAUUAUUUGUUCUCAUUCAUCCAAGUCCAUCCACAGAAACAACAAUUCGAACAGGCUCGUAUAAACAACGCUUCGAACAAUUACGUGAUUACUUAACGAAUAAUUCUGCGAAACCAUUAUUACAAACUUAUAUGGAAGAUUUUAAACGACAACAAGCUGCAGUCGAUGCUAUGACAUUCAAAAAUACGAAACAAGGAAAACAACCUUCUCAUAGUGCCAAUUCUCAUUCAUCACUUGGCAAUGAUACAUUAGGAUUGUCUCGUCAUUUUCCAUUAGUUUUCUUUGCCGAACAAUUUCUAACACGAUCAUUAAAAAUAUUAGCUCAAGCACGAUCGAAUCUUAUUCGUUUCGACGGUUCAUCUAUGUUCGAUCGAAAUUGGUCAGCAAACGGCAAUGACAAUGAUGAUGAUGUUGAUUCAUUUACGCAAACACGUUUCAUUGCUACACAACCAUUUUUACUUGAAAAAAAUCAUACAAGUAAAUUAAUUGACAAUCUUGUUAAAGAUCUUGAUGCUGAAUUACAUUUUGUCUAUUAUCGUGUUGUUGCGUUACUUGAACAAAUACCAGAUGCUAAAGCACUAAAGAAAAGUCCAAUCGAUCAAUAUUUAAGUGAUGCUCGUGGUAAUUCACACAAGAAAACCUUGUUAUGUGCAGCUUAUGCAAGUACUAGAACCGAUGAAAAUAUAGCAGCAGAAUAUAUGCAAAAAGCAUAUAAACAUUUAUUAGCAGCUGAAGAAGAAGAUCGUCUUUAUUUUUGGCACCAUCAAAAUCAUAAAUCUGAAAAAUCACCAACAACAAAUGUUCCUCGACCAUGUAUUGUUGCUCGAGCACCUGAUUUUGUUUUUGUUAUGGCACCAGAUUUUGGUUCAUUAGCAAGCAAAGUUGCUACAUAUCGUAUUUUCUGCCGAGCAGCUGAUCGUCCAAAUGCAAAAGCUCGAAUGGCUGAUACGAAUUAUCCUGGCAGUGGUCAGCAGAUUCCAGCAAGUUUUAUAAAGCCACUGAAAAUCUCUGGACUCGAUCCUGAUCUCAAAUAUGUUUUUUCAUUAGCAAUUUAUGAUGCUAAUGGACAACUCAUAGGCGACAGCGUUAGUGAAUCAACAGAACCAAUAUUAGCUGCACAUCCAAUAUCAUUAUUGUUUAUACGUUGUCUUCUUUCACAGCUUUCCUAUGAAAUAAAACAAUAUACAGUAGCGAAGAAAGUCUUUCAUUCACUUUGGACAUAUUUUGUUCGAACACCGGCGAUCAUCGAAAGUUCAAUUCGAGAAUUAGCAAUGGAAAAUCCGUUGGUUAUUUACGAAUUACGAUAUUCACGUACAAGUGAAAUUUCAAUAUCGUUAUUACAAAAAUUCAUCAACACAAUAUUUAUUAAUCUUGAAAUUUUCAUAAAAGAAAAUCAUUUUUAUUGUGAUAUGAUAACACCAACAUCAUCUAAUCGUGCAAAUCAAAUAAAACGUAUUCAUGCAUGCAGUCAAGUAUUGAUUGCAUUAGAACUUUCAUGUUGGCUCAAUGAUCCAAAUUAUGCAUUACAAUCGAUUGUGUAUCUAUAUGGAUUAUUGACACCAUUAAUAUUUUAUAAAAUAUUUUAUCCAUCUGCCAAUCAAAUCUUCGAAAAAUGUAUAUCUGUAUUUGAAGAAAUCUCUCAGCAAGUAUCAAAACAACGUUCACGUUCUGUUCAAGACAAUAUUCAUCAUAUGAUUGCAUGCAUGUCAUAUUAUAUGAGUCAAUAUUUACAACAAAAUGAUGAAAUUAAAUUAUCGAAUUUAAUUAAUCAAAUAGGAAAAAAAAUAUUAUCAUCAAUACCAACAUCACAGCAAACAGCUACAAAUACAAAUGAUGUAAAUGUAUCUGAACAACUAUCACUAGCAGGUCCACAGGCACCAAUCGAACUACCCGAUGAUAUUGCCGAACAAGUAACGCCAAAAGUUCAUUUUGCAACAGUUCACAACGAAGAACUAAAAGCAUUAGAACGUUUUGUAGCACGAGAACGUACUCCACAUACAAUUCUUACUGGAAAUGAAGAUGCCACAAUUGUUUCUACGUUUAUUAAUGCAACAUCUGCCAAACAAGGCUAUAAAGAAGUUCAAAAAUUUCGUAAACGUCCAGCCUAUAUGGAAUAUCUUACUCAAGUAUUAACAAAAUCAUUAGUUGAUUCAUCCAAUGAUGAUAUUCUUGGUUGGUAUGAUGACAAUCAGGCAUUUGUAUCUAAACGAAAUGAGCUGUUACUUGGACCAUGGCGUAUGAUCAUUAGUAAAGGAGAUGGAAUUAUAACAAUUACUGGCAGUAAUGAAACUAAAUAUGCUGCUGCAUUAACUGAAUUUAGUUCUGAACGAAAGAAAAAACAACAAGACGCAUCAAAAAAACAAGGUGGAAAAAAGAAGCAACCAGUUGUAACGAAAAAGUUAUUCAGAGUUAAGCCCAAUAAAUAUUAUUUUCUUAUUCCACCGAAUACGCCCGAGGCAGUUCGCAUUGAACUCGAACAACGUCAAAGACCAGUGAGUAUUACUAAUAUUUUCAUUAAUUAA